GAGAUAAAAGUUAUGACUGUCCAUGUACCAUAUAGUGCAUGGAGUGAACAAUGUAGAGCACUACUUGAAGUCCAUUCCAAACUAGAUGCUCUUUGUGUUUGUGAUCAUGGAAGUCGUGUACUAGGAAGUGCAUUCAAAAUUCCUGAAUUUGCGAGUAUUACUAAUUUGAGUACAAAUCAAGUUCGUGCUAUACGUCUUGUUAUGGCAAAAAUUGGUUCACAAAAACCAAAUAUUGAUUUUUUAAAUGAUCGUUUUGUGGUGGUUGAUGCAAAUAGUGAAAUGUUAUCAGCUAAAUCUGGUAAAAAAAGUUUAUUUGUUGAAUUAACUAAAACAUUAUGUGUAUUCGGUUUGUCAAUGGACACAGAGAGUGAAAAUAAACAUGCAGUUGCACAUGAAGCAAUGCGUGAUAUACAAAAGUACUAUGAAGAUGCAGAAUUUUAGCUUAUUAAACAAUUUAUUCAUUCAUAAAGAAAAUAAGAGCAAAAUACUCAAUUGAUAACUACAUAUCAUCUUCCUCCUACUUCACUAAUUAUGAACACCUUUUUCCCGAAUAUGAAUAUUGUAAAUAAGAAUGAUUCUCAUAUAUUUGCUUUCACACUAUGUAUACAUUUGGUUUUUGAUUAUUUCAUCGGAAACGUUUGUACAUAAUAUGAAUAGAGCAAGAUGAUUUUCUUUUAUUUGCUUGUAUUUAAGCAUAUUUCUCUGAUGUAUGUUUAGUUUAUCUAACCAUAACAUGUAAGCCAACACAAGGAUAUCUGGUCUAUACAGUGACAAUUAAUGUUCGGGAUAGUUUAUUGUACAAUCCUCAGAUUUUUAGCCUUUUUAAUUACUUGAAGAUGUUAACAUUUUUUAAAAAUGUGCAUGAUUAGUUCCAUUUUCCAACUACAUUAUUCUACUAAUUGUUAUAAAAUACUCGACAGA